UGUUUUCGUUAAACGGUGGUUUUAACUUGUCAACGUCUUGAUCGAUGGAAACCCGGCAAAUCAAAACCUGGUGGUCGGUUUACAGUUUUGCGAUCAGAUAACAAGAAGAUUAAAUGUCGAGCACUAACCAGGUGAUUCGAUGCAAAGCGGCGGUAGCAUGGGAAGCCGGAAAGCCACUAGUGAUUGAAGAAGUGGAGGUGGCGCCACCCGAAAAAAUGGAAGUUCGAAUCAAAAUCCUGUUCACCUCCCUGUGCCACACCGAUGUUUACUUUUGGGAAGCCAAGGGUCAGAAUCCCGUGUUUCCCCGAAUUUUAGGACAUGAAGCUGGAGGGGUCGUGGAGAGUGUUGGGGAAGGAGUGACUGAUCUUCAGCCCGGAGAUCAUGUUCUCCCUGUUUUCACCGGAGAAUGCAAAGAAUGUGCUCACUGUAAGUCGGAAGAGAGCAACAUGUGUGACCUUUUGAGAAUCAACACCGAUAGAGGAGUCAUGAUUCACGAUCAAAAAUCUCGAUUUUCCAUAAACGGAAAACCCAUUUUCCAUUUCGUCGGAACUUCAACUUUCAGUGAAUACACAGUCGUUCAUGUCGGCUGUCUUGCCAAAAUCAACCCUCUUGCUCCUCUUGACAAAGUCUGUGUCCUCAGUUGUGGGAUCUCAACAGGUCUUGGUGCUACUCUUAACGUUGCAAAACCUAAAAAAGGCUCAUCAGUCGCCAUUUUUGGAUUAGGAGCUGUGGGGCUUGCUGCUGCUGAAGGUGCAAGAAUUUCAGGGGCUUCAAGGAUCAUUGGAGUUGAUCUCAAUGCCAACAGAUUUGAGCUUGCAAAGAAAUUUGGGGUGACAGAGUUUGUGAACCCAAAAGAUCACACGAAACCAGUACAAGAAGUGAUUGCAGAGAUGACAAAUGGAGGAGUUGACAGGAGUGUUGAAUGCACGGGUCAUAUUGAUGCUAUGAUAUCUGCCUUCGAAUGUGUUCAUGAUGGUUGGGGUGUUGCUGUUCUUGUGGGUGUUCCACAUAAAGAUGCUGUUUUCAAGACAAGUCCAUUGAAUCUGUUGAACGAAAGGACUCUGAAGGGAACCUUUUUUGGAAACUAUAAACCUCGAUCAGAUAUUCCUUCUGUGGUUGAAAAGUAUAUGAAUAAGGAACUUGAGUUGGAGAAGUUCAUAACACAUGAAGUGCCUUUUUCUGAGAUCAAUAAGGCUUUUGAUUUGAUGCUUAAAGGUGAAGGUCUUCGAUGUAUAAUUCGGAUGGGAGAAUAAAUGGAAGGGAAAGUUUUUCAGAAUGUUGUAUUGUGGUUCAUAACAUAUGAUAACACAUCGAGUGCCUUCUUUAAUCUUAUUAUGUAUGAAUGUAUUGGUAAUGAAAUCCCAAUUUUCUCAUCAUACUGCAGUAGAUAGCUUUUUUGUUUUAAA